AUGGCUGUUAAGAUCAACAACAUCUCAGUACACAAGAUCCAACCUCCAGAAGGAUCAAAGAUCGAUUUUGGAGCUGAGAUCAGGGGAGCAGACUUGGAGAACCUCUCAGAGGAAGAUUUCAAGAUCAUCAGAAAUGCUUUGUACGAGAACAGUGUAGUUAUGUUCAAAAACCAACAAUCACUCUCGCCCAAGGCUCAAUUCGAAUUGACACAAAAAUUUGAUCCAUCUGCUGGCUCUUACGGACACGGAAAGACAAUCGACGCCAAAAGAAGCGUACUCCACCCUGACCUCAAGACAAUCCCUCACCAACCCCAGGUACAAGUCAUUGGAAACGGUCCUGUUGCCGAGUUCGAAGGAUUGAAAGAUAUCACACUCAAGCACCCUCACCACAAGACAUUCCACAAGACACCAAUCAGCGAGACCGAUGACCGGGAUGCAACAAGAUUCUACCGCUGGCACAUCGAUGCCGCAUUGUACGAUCUGUCUCCGCCCAAAGUCACCAGUCUCAUGGCUGUCAGUGUUCCUAAGACCGAGUAUCAAACUCUGAAGUAUGACGACGGAAGUGACGACGAGAUGAGAGUGCCUCGUGGAAGCACCGCUUUUGUGAGUUCGUACCGCACGUACGAUCUCCUCUCUGAAGCCGACAAGGAGUUGGCCCGAACCACAAAAGUGCAAUACGCUCCUCAUCCUUACAUCUGGAUGUCGCCGGCACGAUCAAGGAGUGAUGGUCUUGGACUGGUUUCGGACGGCCUUGAGCUUUCUCGAGAAGAGCUGCCGCCCAUUGACGAGCAAAAGAUCAAGAUCUUGCCCAUGUGCUGGCGUAAUCCGGUUACUGGACGUCUGGCUCUGCAAGUCCAUCCAUCUGCGCAAGUACGCGAUAUUGUACACAGGCUUCAGAGACCUGGAAUUGCUCCUGAGCUGGUGUAUGCAGUCAACUGGGAUGAAGGAGACCUUGCACUAUUUAACAAUGAAGGUGUGAUCCACUCGGUCACAGGCUCGUUCUUACCAGAAGAGGUUCGCAUCUUCAGACAGUGUAAUCUUGCCGCUUCCGAGGACCCUCUUGGUCCAGAAUGA